GACGGCCCGGCAGCGAGAAAGCCAUUCCUGGCGAGGGUGGGCGGCGCCCGCGCAAGCGGCCCGGUGACCUGCCGGUCCCUCGGGGCAGCCGGGUGAAUACCGUUCCGGGGCUGCUGUGUUCGUGCUCGAUCCCCGAGCUGGUCACAUACUGGUGUUCAGGUCAUGCACUGAGGGGGACGCGUAAGCGGACGUCGCGCUGCCUGCUUUUGAAAAACCUGAUUUUCAAAAUGAAUAAAGAUGCCCAGAUGAGAGCAACCAUUAACCAAAAACUAAUAGAAACCGGAGAGCGAGAAAGGCUUAAAGAGUUGUUGAGAGCCAAACUGAUUGAAUGUGGAUGGAAAGAUCAGUUGAAAGCACAUUGCAAAGAUGUCAUUAAAGAAAAAGGAUUAGAGCAUGUUACUGUUGAUGACUUGGUGUCAGAAAUCACGCCCAAAGGCAGAGCCUUGGUACCAGACAGUGUAAAGAAAGAACUCUUGCAAAGAAUAAGAACCUUCCUUGCCCAGCAUGCCAGUCUUUAACUUGGACAUUGAUCUGGGAUACAGUGUUUCCAUUUUGGUAUUACGUCAAUGGUGUCAGGAUUGGAAUGCAGUUUACAUGCUUAAGGAUGGAAAAACUUCUCUUUUUUUUUUUCUAUAUGAUGAGUUGAAGCUUCUUUGCACUGCAUUGAUUUCUUAAACUUGGUGUUAUUUUAAUUAAAAAAAAAAAAAAGAAUAAUUUUGGA